AUUCCAAACUCAAGUAAAGCUAAGUAGCUUGCACUUCAUGCGCUUAGAUCUUCCAUCUGCUUAUAUAAAGCAACCCCAGAAACACAAAGUCUGCACGUUCUAGUGAGCUUCUUGCCCUCCAUGUAUCUCAGGUUUCUCCUCCAAGCUUUCUUUCUUUUUUUAUGCCUUCUAUGUUCUAUGAACAAAAGUCAUGCUGAACAACCUGAAGCCCAACUCUCUGAUAGUCACAUUGUCAAGGUCACUUCUCUUUUGCCCCCAAAUGUUUGCAACCGCAAUUCCACCAAAGUUCCGAGCAAAGCAUCUCUGGAGGUUGUAAGCAGAUAUGGCCCAUGCUCGUACAUUAAUAAGGACAAAGUAAAAGCUCUUAAUUACUCGGAAAUUCUGCGCAAAGACCGAGCCCGAGCCAAAUACAUUCAAUCCAGACUCUUCAAGCUCAAACAUUCUGGCAGUGAUGAUGACCACUCAAAGGAAACAGAGGCUUUUUCGGUGGGCACCAAGCCUGAUAUAUCAGCUGGGGUAUCCACCGAGUUCUACAUCACUGCAUCCCUGGGAACGCCAGGACAAAGGGUUAAUCUCCUUUUGGACACCGGUAGCGACAUCACUUUUACACAGUGCACGCCAUGCCUUGAUUGCUUCAAACAGAAAACACCCUUAUUUGAUCCAUCCAAAUCCUCCUCGUUUUCCGUCGUUCCAUGCACAUCGUCAGCCUGUUUAUCAGAUUUCGAACCAGUUUGCAAUAAAGCGAACCAGUGCAUCUACAGUCAAUCAUACGGCAGUGGUAGUUCCUCUGGCGUCGUAGCAACUGAAAAGUUGACCAUUAUAAACCGCCGCUCUGGUACAUUUGUCAAAUACCCUUACAUUUUUGGAUGUGGCCUAAACAAUUCAGUCGACGUUGCAUUGGGUGGAGAAACUGGCAUAAUUGGUCUUGAUCGAUUUCCAGCAUCCUUUAUAUCACAAACUUCCCAAAAAUACUUUUCUUACUGCUUUCCCUCAUCUUAUAGCUCCCCUGGAUACAUUACCUUCGGCAAGACUGAUGAUGAUAAACAAUACAAAUUCGUCAAGUUCACUCCAAUACCCACUUCUCCAAAAGAGUCUGAGUAUUACGAUAUUAUCUUAACCGGAAUGGCCGUCGCUGGAGAAAAGCUACCCGUACCCGGUUCAGAGUAUAGUAAAUCAGGAGGGAUAAUUGAUUCAGGAACGACCUUCACGUCACUGCCACCAUCUGUGUAUGCAGCCCUGGAAUCAGCUUUCCGUAAGAAAAUGUCAAAUUAUAAGAUGAUAAAACCAGGGAGCAAUGAUGACUUUGAUUCUUGUUAUGAUUUGAGCAAGUACGAUGAAGUUGUAAUACCAAAGAUUUCGAUCUUCUUCAAAGGCGGGGUUGAAUUGGAGCUGGGGGUGAAGGGAAUUGUGGUCGUUCUUAAAAAGGAUUUAAGCCAAGUGUGUUUAGCUUUUAGUAAAAGCUCUGAAUCUGAUGAAACUCUGAUCUUGGGAAAUUUUCAGCUAAGGGGAAUAGAGGUGCACCAUGAUUUUGUUGGUCAGAGGGUUGGGUUUGGUCCUGGUGGUUGCAGCUGAACGUGCACUUGAAAAUUAACAAGAAGAAAUUCUUGUACUUCAAUUUAUGCUUGAAAUAUUAAUGUAUUCCCAAGUAAUAUUGAAUAAAGUUUGGUAUGGACGACCGACAAAUUUAGAGAAA